AUGUUGACUAUUAAGACGUACAGCAUCAAGAGGGCUGUGGAGUACAAAAUAGUAAACAGUGACCAGUGGAGGUAUAAUGCACAGUGUGUCCAGUUCGGACCGGGUUGUGAGGAGAUACAUAGGUCCUCACAGAGCAUGCAAACUUCGAUGGAGCAAGACUAUCAUCAGUUGGAUUCGAAGGUGAUUGCGCAACACAUUUUCACAAUGGUAAAAGCAGAUCCAACAAUAAGUAUCAGGGUUCUGCAAGGAAGUGUAGAGAAACAUUUCGGUUACAAGGCGUCUUACAGGAAGGUUUGGCUUGCAAAGCAGAGAGUGAUUGCUAGCAUAUAUGGGGAUUGGGAGGAGUCCUAUAACGAGCUUCCUCGUUGGUUGUUCGCCAUGCAAAUUUACUUGCCUGGUACUUGGGUGCAACUUGUCACUCAGCCUUGGCCUGGUGCUGCCGAUGCCGUCAUGUUUCAUUGGGUGUUUUGGACGUUUCCACCAUGCAUCGAGGCUUUCAAGCAUUGCAAGCCACUAAUUUUCAUUGAUGGAACACACUUAUAUGGUAAAUAUGGUGGCACGCUGCUUGUGGCCAUAGCUCAGGAUGGCAACGCAAACAUUUUGCCUAUUGCGUUUGCCGUGGUCAAGGGUGAGACAAAGGAGGCAUGGUCGUUCUUUCUCUCCUAUCUGCGUUAUCAUGUGACUCCACAACCCGGUGUCUUAGUGAUUUCAGACAGGCACAAAUCAAUUGAUGCUCACUGA